AUGUUCAAGAAGCGAGAGCGGCCCAAGGCAAAUCCAGAGCUCAUCCAGUACGAAGCGACCAGGACCAAAGAGACGGAGGAGGAGCCGGCCGAGGACUCAGCAGUGCCGCUGCCCGUCAAGAGGCAGAAGCGCAGCGCCACUGCGGUUAGCUCGGUGACCGGCGAAGGUGGCAGCAUUGCUGCAUCCACGCGCAAGGAGCCGAUGUCCGAAGCGGCAAAGAUAGCAAGCCGCCAGCAAGAUGCGGUGUUCUCUGGCUUCAAGGCUAGCGGCUCCACGGAGAAUACGCCUUCGUCCGACGCAACCAGGAGACUGGAGGUUGACACCGACGUAAGCCAGGACAACAGAGCAAUUCUGGAGCGAAAUGAGCAGAUCAAUCAAGGCCUGAAGGAUGGCACCCUGGAGAAGGGUGUCUACAGAGGGUUGAAGGGCUACAAGCAGUACGCCAACAGAAGUGAGCACGCCAUCGCGAACUCAAAGUACACCGGUCUCUUAGGGCCGCUGCGCAGCAGCCUGAGCAACGUGCGCAGCACGCUGCGGAUCGAGUAUAUCGGAACCAGUGGCGAAGGUGGUAUCUGCAAAGACUACAAAGAAACUGGCUACUGCGGCUUCGGAGACUCCUGCAAAUUUGCGCAUGAUCGGUCAGAUUACAAGCCCAGCUAUAUACUGGAGCAGGAGUGGGAGGCCAAGCAGAAGGUGGGACCCCAAUGUUUUUUUGCACAACCUUGUGAUAGAGACUGUCAUGAUUGCGGCUAG